CCUCCCCCUUUAUAUCUGCGCUCAUGGUAAAUCCCUCCUAUGUGCCACUGACUGGCAGAGUUGAAAGAUCUGGAAAUCACGAUACCAACUCCACACCAACACUUUCAUUUUUCUUGCUGAGACAGACUCGUCUGGUGACAGUUUUUCUUCAGGAGCAACAGUCGCUCAUCAGUCAGGUUGUGCGUCUCCGCAGCAGCUUCAGUCGAAUCCCUCCCUCUGUGCUCGUCUCUGAAGCUGCUCGGUAUUUUUUUUUCUACUUUUACAGUUGUACUUUUGCUGCAGGUAGGCCUACAGUCGCCACCUCAACAGCCUCACUAGCAUGUUGGACCCGUCUUCCAGCGAGGAGGAAGGGGAUGAGGUACUGGAGGUGGAACGCAAAGAGGUGGCGGCCCCGAAGAGCCACGGAGGAGCCCGACUGUCACCGGGGCGAGCUGCCGACGGCCACGGCGGAGGAGGGCUUCAGCCCCGGGGCCGCGGGAGCGGCGGUGGCCGACCCUCCAGCCCCAGCCCGUCAAUCGGCAGCGAAAAGGAGAAGGAGGACCUGGAGAAGAUGCAGAGGGAAGAGGAGGAGAGGAAAAAGAGACUCCAGCUCUAUGUGUUUGUGAUGCGCUGCAUCGCAUAUCCGUUCAACGCUAAACAACCUACUGAUAUGGCAAGGAGGCAGCAGAAGAUCAGUAAGCAGCAUCUGCAGACAGUCAAAGAGCGUUUCCAGUCAUUCCUCAGCGGGGACACUCAGAUUGUGGCUGAUGAGGCCUUCAUCAAUGCUGUCCAGAGCUACUAUGAGGUUUUCCUAAAAAGUGACCGUGUCUCCCGGAUGGUGCAAAGCGGCGGCUGUUCUGCCAGCGACUCUCGGGAGGUUUUUAAGAAGCACAUAGAGAAGCGGGUGCGCAGCCUGCCGGAGAUUGACGGCCUAAGCAAAGAGACGGUGCUUAGCUCCUGGAUUGCCAAGUUUGACACCAUCUACCGUGGUGAAGAGGACCCCAGGAAGCACCAGCAGAGAAUGACAGCCAGUGCUGCUUCCGAACUCAUCCUCAGCAAAGACCAGCUCUAUGAGAUGUUUCAGCAGAUCCUGGGCAUCAAGAAGUUCGAGCACCAACUCCUUUACAAUGCCUGCCAGCUGGACAACCCAGAUGAGCAGGCAGCGCAGAUUAGAAGAGAGCUGGAUGGACGACUGCAAAUGGCCGACCAGAUUGCUCGGCACGGAGGGAGGUUUCCUAAGUUUUCCUCCAGGGAGAUGGAGGCCAUGUACAUUGAGGAGCUGCGAUCCUCUGUCAACCUACUGAUGGCUAACCUGGAGAGCAUGCCUGUGUCCAAGGGGGGAGAGUUUAAGCUCCAGAAGCUAAAACGAGGCCACAAUACAUCCAUAAUGGACAUGGGCCAGGAAGACGAGAACACGCUGUCCAAAUCUGAUGUUGUGCUGUCCUUCACCCUGGAGGUGGUGAUCAUGGAGGUUCAGGGUCUGAAGUCGUUGGCUCCAAACAGGAUUGUUUAUUGCACCAUGGAGGUGGAGGGAGGACAUAAACUGCAAACAGACCAGGCUGAGGCCUCAAAACCCACUUGGGGUACCCAGGGUGACUUCUCCACCACUCAGCCGUUACCUGCUGUCAAAGUGAAGCUGUUCACUGAGAGCACAGGAGUGUUGGCUCUUGAAGAUAAGGAGCUUGGGAGGGUUGUGCUCCACCCGACCCCCAACAGUCCCAAGCAGUCUGAGCUCCAUAAGAUGACAGUGUCUAAAGGGUGUCCAGACAGUGAGCUCAAGAUCAAGCUGGCUAUUCGCAUGGACAAACCCCAAAACAUGAAGCAUUGUGGGUAUCUUUGGACCAUUGGCAAAAAUGUGUGGAAAAGAUGGAAGAAAAGAUUCUUUGUGCUGGUUCAGGUGAGUCAGUACACCUUUGCCAUGUGCAGCUACAGAGAAAAGAAGGCCGAGCCUGUGGAGCUGCUGCAGCUGGACGGCUACACAGUGGACUACACAGACCCCCAGCCAGGUCUGGACGGCGGUCGGACAUUCUUCAAUGCUGUGAAAGAGGGUGACACUGUCAUUUUUGCCAGUGAUGAUGAGCAGGACCGGAUCCUAUGGGUGCAGGCCAUGUACCGAGCUACUGGCCAGUCACACAAGCCAGUUCCUCCGACACAGGUCCAGAAACUCAACUCGAGGGGGGGCACGACACCACAGCUUGAUGCACCCAUAUCUCAGUUCUAUGCUGAUCGAGCCCAGAAGCAUGGUAUGGAUGAGUUUAUUUCAGCCAACCCCUGUAACUUCGACCAUGCCUCGCUCUUUGAACUGGUGCAGCGCCUAACUCUGGACCACAGGCUCAACGACUCCUACUCCUGCUUGGGCUGGUUCAGUCCUGGUCAGGUGUUUGUCUUGGACGAGUACUGCGCCCGUUACGGUGUUCGAGGCUGCCAUCGGCAUUUAUGUUACCUAAGCGAUCUACUGGAGAGGGCGGAGAACGGAGCCAUGAUUGACCCCACCCUACUGCACUACAGCUUUGCCUUCUGCGCCUCCCACGUGCAUGGAAACAGGCCUGACGGUAUUGGCACAGUUACCAUAGAAGAGAAGGAGCGCUUUGAGGAGAUCAAGGAGAGGCUACGUGUGCUUCUGGAAAACCAGAUUACACAUUUCAGGUACUGCUUUCCAUUUGGACGGCCAGAGGGGGCGCUGAAAGCCACUCUGUCCUUGCUUGAACGGGUUCUGAUGAAAGAUAUUGUUACUCCAGCUACACAAGAAGAAGUCAAAGCUGUGAUCCAUAAGUGUCUGGAGCAGGCAGCCUUGGUCAAUUACCAACGCCUCUCAGAGUACGCCAAACUGGAAGAGAAUGUAGGGCGUUUAGUCACUCCUGCCAAAAAGCUGGAGGACACCAUCCGCCUGGCCGAGCUGGUGAUUGAGGUCCUUCAGCAAAAUGAGGAACACCACGCUGAGGGAAAAGAGGCCUUUGCCUGGUGGUCAGAUGUGAUGGUGGAGCAUGCUGAGACCUUCCUGUGUCUCUACUCAGCCGACAUGGACGCAGCUCUUGAAGUCCAGCCGCCAGACAGCUGGGACAGUUUCCCCCUCUUCCAACUGCUCAACGACUUCCUGAGGAUGGACUAUAACAUGUGCAAUGGGAAGUUUCACAAACACCUGCAGGACCUCUACGCCCCCCUGGUAGUGCGCUACGUGGACCUGAUGGAGUCCUCCAUUGCUCAAUCCAUUCACAGAGGCUUUGAAAGAGAAUCCUGGGAACCUGUCAAAACCCUAACAAGCACUCUGCCCAAUGUCAACCUCCAAAUGGCCAAAGUACCAAACCUAACAGUUCCAAGUGUUAACGUCCCACAAAUACCCAGCUUUUCUCCACCUCACUGGAUGACAGCUAAUCAGGACUCAGAUAAUGGUUCAGGGACAUCAGAGGAUCUCUUCUGGAAGCUGGACGCUCUGCAGACCUUCAUCAGAGAUCUCCACUGGCCAGAGGAGGAGUUUGGCAAACACCUGGAGACUCGACUGAAACUGAUGUCCAGUGACAUGAUCGAGUCCUGUAUUAAACGGACACGAGCUGCAUUCGAGGCCAAGCUUCAGAGGAGCAGCCGGGCCACAGACUUCCGCGUGCCACAGUCCAUCUGCACCAUGUUCAACGUAAUGGUGGAUGCCAAGGCCCAGUCAGCCAAGCUGUGUGCCAUGGACCUGGGGCAGGAGAGACAAUACCAUUCCCAAAUUGACGAUCUAAUUGAGGAGACAGUGAAGGAGAUGAUAACUCUGCUGGUUGCUAAGUUUGUGGUCAUUCUAGAGAGUGUGUUAGCCAAGCUCUCCAGAUAUGAUGAGGGAACACUCUUCUCCUCCUUCCUAUCUUUCACAGUGAAAGCUGCUUCAAAGUAUGUGGAUGUACCUAAGCCAGGGAUGGAUGUGGCUGACGGUUAUGUAACGUUCGUCCGUCAUUCCCAGGACAUGCUGCGGGAGAAGGUCAAUGAGGAGGUGUACAUAGAGAGAUUAUUUGAUCAAUGGUACACCAGCACUAUGAACCUUUUAGGAACAUGGCUGACUGACCGAAUGGACCUUCAGCUCCAUGUUUACCAGCUGAAGAUUCUCAUCAGGAUUGUCAAGAAAAAGUACCGUGACUUCCGCCUUCAAGGAGUGCUGGACUCCACAUUAAACAGUAAGAUGUAUGAAACCGUGAGAAACCGACUGACCCUGGAAGAAGCCACUGCCUCAGUGAGGGAAGGAGGGAUGCAAGGCAUUUCCAUGAAGGAUAGUGAUGAAGAGGACAACGGUAACUAGACCCACAGGCCUGUAAACAUCAGGGAUGUCGUUUUUCAGAGGGUGAGAACCCAUGCAGCCUUUCCAUUAGGUCAAAAAAUACAUUUGACCUAACAUCCAACUUGGUCCUUCCAUUAUUUGCUUUUUCAGUUUGUCAUUCCUGUAAUAGUCGGGAUAAUUUCUAUCAGAAUCAAUACUAGAAAACAUUUUGUGUCUAUAAACACUUGGAGGAGCUAAGUCUGUCUUAUCAUUGCUCGUCUGCCAUUAAAUUCAAAACUAAAAUAUAUCAGCCAAGAACUAAAGGACAAGAUGGGACAUUACAUUAAUCAAACACUGAUCGAUUGUGAGGGAAAUGGGAGCAAAGUUUUGAGAAUUAUUCAAAAGAGGCGAAAACAGGUCAAUAGUGUGAGAUCAGCACAAAUAUGACCAGGGACACUCGUCAUGCAGAGCAGCCUCAUACAUAAGAUGAUAACAAAGCAGGUGAUGGCAUCUACAAUAAGUUUUUUGAAGGCAUAAAAAAUAUUACAUUGUACCUUCAUGUUGUGCAACCGAAAAUGUCUACGGUCUUUGUAUGGGAGCUUUGCUGUUGCUUUUGCUAAGAGUUCUCUGUCACAUUCUGAAAAGUACAGACCACUGUACCGUGGUUCCAAGUGAAAUUGUGAAACUGAUGAAAAUUAUAUGUUUUUUGUAAGCCUGCUAACAAGUGCAUGAUCAUCACUGUUGAAGUCAUAUUGUGAUUGAUCCAAGUGGUUCCAGAGCUGAUGGUUUCACAUUAGACUGAGCAUCCCCUCCAAAAAACAGGGUUAAAACUAAAACAUUCAAAAUAUUCCGUUUUUCCCAAAUUACUUGUGGAUGAUCUCAAGCAAUAUUGAUGCCAAUUUUGUUCCCAAGAUUAUGAACAAGUCUAGAAAUGUGUGUCUGUGUUAUCCUAAAAUAUGUGCAGAGGGUGCAGCUACUUGAUGUCGCAUUGUUGAAAAGGAUGGAAACAAUUGUCUCAUAUUACUUUCUUUGUAAUGGGUCUGCAUCAUUUUUUCAUGACGUGCUUUGAUUGUCUGUUCUUAACCAACUUUUCAAAACAUGCCACACCUGAAAUCCAAGAAAUAAAAAAUCAAGUUCAUUAUCAACAAUAAAGCUGACUGAUGCAAAACUAACAAACUAAAUGGACAAAAAACACAAAAACAUUCAGCCUUCAAAUGUUCAUGUCUGAAACAAGCAUCCCAUUGUUUCCCCUUGUUGGCCUGACACCAUCACAUGGGGUUCACUUUGGUACAUGGCUUUCUUGGGUGUGUUACUCCCACUGAACCAAACAGUGACUGCUAGAUUAGCUCUUUAUAGGUGGUUGGUGAUGGCAGUUUGUCAUUUACCUUGCUCACAUUACUUUUCUUUACCUUGACUUGACUUCACUGUAGCACUCAAGUUGUAUUUCACUGUGCAUUUAAUCUGCACCAAAGUUAACAACUAGCCUUGCUUUAUGUCACUGGUCUGCGCUCUACUGAUCAUGAUUUACUGGUCUUACUCUUUGUCAGAUGGCAAUCCACUGUUAUCAAGGUCCCACCCAAACACCCACCCGACCUAUCACAAUUAAAACCAAACUUAUGAGAAAAGGUCAACACAUAACACUAAAAUAACAGAAACUAAAUUUUGGAAAGUUUUAUUUGCUGUGGACUUGUUUAGCCUGUUAUAUGUCCCAUCUGCUAACAUGGAGGGGUGGGGUUUAUGACCUAUACAGCAUUCAGCAACAAGGGGGUGAUCAAGAUGUUUUGGCCUCACUUUUAGGAGCUAUCAUCGUGUCCAUUGUGACAUAUAGUCACUGGUUUAGAGUAGAGUAGCUACAGCUGAGGCUUAUACUCUCCCUUUACAGGUAGAGAAGAAUUCACCAAAUACUCUUUCAGUUGACAAUACUAAGAAACUGAUAGCAGCCAAUGGGCUGCAUUCAGAGCCGCCGCUCCCACCACGCGCCUCACGCACUGCGUGUAGGGCACCAAGUGCCUGAGGGAGCACCACAACUAUGACGCCCACCUUUUUUAUGGUGGUUUACUUACUUGUUAUUAAUUUCUAAAGUUUGAGUCAAAUUCCUCACCAUUUUUUUCUGAGCUUUAUAUGACAGUUAAGAACACAACCUCAUCUUGCCCCUCCCCUUCUGACUGUUGCCUGGCCCCUGACCCCUGCUCUCCCGUCUCCUCAGCGUACAGCCCUCGCUGCUGGCACACUCUCAAAGUCCAGUCUCUGUUGCAAACUGACCGAGCUGCUGUAUGAACGGUUCCAUGUGAUGCAGCAGCUCAUCAGAACAGGACACAGACAUACGGUGGACUUUCCCUUUGAACAACACAGAUCAGCUGUUCCUCUGAUGUGAGACGCUGUAACUUAGGGAACAGUGGGCUGUGCUCGUAGCCAUGUUGUUUUGUGAUGUGAUAGUAAACAGGGAGGACUUCUUUGUACUUCUUCACAGAAUGUGUUGUGUGUGGGCGUGUACACCCUCUAGAGUUUCAGGGAAUACUGCAACAAUCAAUAUGUUGAGCACAUAAGGUUUUUCAUGCCAGUGAUGACAUUAAAUAUUUUGUGCAGUGGCAUUUAAAUGCACAGGUAGCACUCUAGGAAAUAUUGGCUGACUGAGAUUAACUGUUUAAAUGGCCGGAGUGGCCACUAAGAGAAAAGCUAAUUUCUACAUAAUAUGGUCAUACAGUCUAAGUUCAGUAAAAGAUCAGAAAUGUUUUAAUGCACUGGGGCACAUAAUCAUAGUCUGUACAAAUGUUUUAGAUGUCUAAUUUGGAUUAUAACCACAUAGGGGCCAUGGUAGUUAUCAUAUUAACCAUAUUACUCUUAAUAUGUUUUGUUUGACAAAACCUCAAUUUGUAAAGUAACUAGCAACUAUAGAUUGAAAAUAAUAGUCGAGUAAAAAGUACAAUAUUUGCCUCUGAGAUCUAGUGGAGUAGAUGUUUAAAGUAAAAUGAAAUGGCUACACUCAAGUAAAGUAUUUCCUCAAAUUUGUAUACAGUAAUUGAGUAAAUGUACUUAGUUACAUUCCAUCAUUGUUUACCAACACCUGUACAAAUAAAGAAUAAUAAUAAUAAUAAAAUUAUGUUUUUAUAGGAAUAUAUGAUUUGAUUUCCGUUGUUCUAGUCUGUUAGUCUAUAUCUAGUUUCGUAUAUGGGUGACUGAAGUUUAUGGGGGGGCACCACAAAGCAAAAUGGCUAGCAGCCUGGCAGGAUUAUUUAUUAUGUCCUACAAAAUGAAAGCAGUGGAUGGGAAAAACAACACAAUGAGGACUUAAGCAUUUGUUAGAACCUUAUGGUCUAAAAUCUGUCCUGGGUGUUUCGUCUGUGAAAAGAAGCUGAGGACAAUGAAGACAGAAAUGAAUCAUCCUCUGGAGAGCAGGGAUAUCCACAGCAGGUUUCAGAGCAAAUAGCAGUUAAUGUAUCUUAAGUGUUGGACAGAUGGAUAGAUGAUUAAUGAUAAAUGGUAACUAUUCGUAAAGCUUUUCUUGAUGACCACUCAAAGCCAUUAACAGCACAGUUUCCCCUGCUCAUCCAUAUGCAGUGCAUCUAUGUGCUGCACUUUCUCUAUCACACAUCACUCACACUGCCAAUACAGCCAUAAGGAGCAAUUUGGGUUUCAGUAUCUUGCCCAAGGACACCUAGGCACUCAGAAUGGAGGAUCCGGUGAUUGAACAACCAACAUUCUGGUUAGUGGACAAGCCGCUCUACUCUUGAGCCGCAGCCGCCCAUUAAUCAGACACUGCCAAUAGCAAAGGCAAAACCUCCAUUAUUUAAUUUGGAUUAACAUUUGUGUCAUGAACCUCAAUGUCAGUAACUUCAGAUGACUCUACAUUAAGUCAGUGAAAUCAGUUUGAACCUUGCACAAGGAGCCACAAGACACACACGUUCAUUUUAUCAACCUGUAGAAGCACACAAAGACUUGUUGCAUGUGAUAUGGGAUUGUGCCACAAACAAAACGAGGGCACAAAUUCAUGAAAAGGUUUAACCAAUGUGUAAAAUAUGUAGCGGAAUGGUACUGUGUGUGUUUUGUGCAGUGAAAUUGAGAGGAUGUUAGAUUAAAAUUCUUCCAUUAGAGUGAGUGAGCUGGAUUGAUCCUUUACAAAUAAAGUGAUACAGUGUCACUAAUUUUAGAACUGUGUCAAACUGCCUCCAGAUAAAUAGUGACAACAGAAGCUUUUUCCUGUGGUUGAAGACACUAACUGCCUGUGGUCUCACUUUUUAAAUGUUGUUACUUUGAUUUCCACACCAACAUCUCUUGUCGCCUUCUUUAUUUUGGUGAGUAGAUACAUUAGCAAGGCAAUACACAUGUAGUUUGGUUGUUCACAACGAUAGACCUGUUUUUAAUUCAUUUCACAUUUACAGUUUUAAAUCAAACUUUCAAAUAUAAUUUGUAUAAAAAAGUUAGUGUAGUCUAUUAAUCAUGUUCCUGUGAGUGCCCUUUACUUCAUUUCAGGAUGGAUAAUGGGGCUAAUCCACAUUUUUAUAAUGGAUGACAGGAAGUGAAGUUUGCCUGUACUUUCCCUCUGUCAACUGUGUUCUAUACUGUGCUCCUAGAGCCAUGUGUUGUCCUGUAUGCAAGUAUUGCAUGUCCCCAGUAUUCACUCCCCAAAGUGUUUUGCUGUUACCAGUGGGUUCAUCAUGCUUCUGCCUUGUAGAAGAACCCACUGAUGCCAAGAAGAUACAAAUAAAGGUAAAUGGCAAAUGUGCAAA